GACCAGCGCAGGAGGCCGCCCCUCCCGCCGCCACGGACCCAACCCUGGUCCUCUGCCUUAGCCGAAGGCCGCACCCUCCGCGCAUAGGCCUUCCUCAGCCCCAACCCAGGACAUCACUAUGUCCCGCAGUGCGUCCAGUCUUCCCGCCAGCAAGUGUGGGUAGGAGCCGGCCGCUGGCCCCGCUCUGGGCUAGACGGUGGGGACAUCCUGGCGGGCAAAAACAGCCCUGUGCCUGCUCUGCAGCUAUGGGGAAGGAAUAUCUGUUCAUGGCAGCAAUAGCAUUCGCUCCUUAAAACCUCUUUAUGGAGUCUCAUUCCUUUUUUAAAGACCCAAACUACUUAAGGUGGGCAUGAAGCCCCCAUGUGUGAUCUAGCCCCUGCCUGCUUGGCUUCAUUUAGGUCCUUAAAGGAUGCAGGUUUCUUCUCGCCCAGGGCCUCUGCAAAUGCUCUUCUCUCUGCCUGGACACUCCUCACCUCUUCCCUGUUGUCUCCAGUUUUAUUCAAAUAGCCAUGUCUCCACCUUGCAACUCAUGUGACUCAAAGAGCGCUGACACCAUUGCCAAUUCCAAUUGUCAUAGCUCCUUUUCACUUCUGGAACCCAGGCUUAAGCUGUCUGUACAUUUCCCAGGCAGUUACUGGUAAAGAGGAAGAGUGUGUGCCUGUGUGAACUUAUCGGCUCAAAAAACCAGAAGGAAAGGUUUUAGAUGAAAAAGAAAGUAUGUGGUCCUGAUUUCUCCAAGUAGACAUCUGGAAAAUCACGUUAGUAUGAAUUUGAAGUCUACCCUUUUUUUUUUACAACAAAGCAGAGACUAAUAGCAACUGGGUCCUUGUUAACUUGCUUAGCCACUGAAUUAAUCAAAUUCUCCCUUGCCUCUGAGCUUUCUGUUAUGCGAGAUAAGCAACUUCUUUAUUUUUUAGGAAGACAAUUUAACUCAGAUUUUAUAUCACGUGCAUCCAAAAUAAUAAUAACUGACUCAAAGAUGUUUGGCCUCUACAAUUAGGGCAGCCAUUCUCAGAAGAGUAUGCAAGGGCACCCUAUUAUCUUGGAAAAGGGAAGCACUGAGACUAUUUGCAUUUUGAGAACUGAAAAUGCAAUCUGCUAACCAUCGUUAGAGUGAAUAUCCAGGUAUGGAAAGCACAGUGGGUAGGCGUAGGUUGGGGUAGGGACAUGUUUGCAUGGGGCAAACACAGAGAUCAAACCUAAGUGUAGUCCCAGCUGCCUGGAAGAAGGCUAAGAAGGGUCUGAAAGUAUUGAGCUCCAAGAGCCCUUGGAUCUCCUGAUGAGAGACCCUUGGCUGAUGCCCUAGAUGGGACAUCCCUGUUGGCUACUGUGGGACCUGCAUCAUUUGACUGCAACACAGUCUGUUGCAACAUUUGACUGUAACACAGACCUACAUCAUUUGACUGAUUUGAAAAGACAAGUUGUCAACAGCGACACCAUGUGGCUAUAAGAUGCAAUGACAAUGGUGGACAGUUACAGCCUCAGGUAGGGCCUGACGCUUCGUCGAGAUGUGGAAAAUGCUGAAUGGGAAGAUGAACUGUCAUCAACAAAUAUUUAUUGGGGUCCUCCAAAUGUCAACUGCUACAGUGGUCAUUCAGGUCUGGAACAUCGAGAACAUGCUGACCCGUACCCCAGCAAGAGCUCGUAGUCGCGGCGGGGUAGGGGGCGAGAGAGAGGGCAGUCUCUGGUGGCCAGGUAACCCAGGCUUCACUUUCACCCACGGCCACAAGUAUUUCUGACGUCUUCUGGGCAAAUAAGCCUCCAUGUAAGUGACAGGGCACCCAAGGAGUGCGUUGGAAGCGCCAGCGUGCCCGAGACCAGCACAUCGCACCGACGCCUUCGUUCGCGGUAAGCCCCGCCCCCCGUAGUGAGCCAACCGGAGGGCGCGGGGCGGACCCAGCUUCCCGGAGAGGCUGGAGAGAAUCGUUUGGGGGCAUUCGCAGGCCAAAGAGGGGCUGGCCCUCGACGCGCUCGGGCUCGAUUGGCCGCCCUCCCCCGGCGGCGGUGACGGUCGCGGAGGCGGGGCCUGACGUAGCUGAUCCCAGCCUAACCUGGCCCGGCUGGCUGCUGGUGGGAGGCCGGCGACUGAGUAAGAUGAAGAUCCAGUUUCAGACAUGAGACUCGUUGGGUGAUCAUUUCAUUGAGAUCAACCUGAAUGACCAGGUGUAAAGUGCAAGAGUAAUAUGCUAUGACUGAGUAACUAUGUUUCCGGUAGCCCCUAAACCCCAGGAUUCCAAUCAACCAUCAGACAGACUCAUGACUGAAAAACAGCAGGAAGAAGCAGAAUGGGAAAGCAUAAAUGUGCUAUUGAUGAUGCAUGGCUUAAAACCUUUGUCUCUAGUCAAAAGAACAGAUCUCAAAGAUCUCAUCAUUUUUGACAAACAGUCAUCACAAAGGAUGAGACAGAAUUUGAAAUUGUUGGUGGAAGAAACAUCACGUCAACAGAACAUGAUACAGGAGCUUAUAGAAACUAAUCAACAGCUUAGAAAUGAACUUCAGCUAGAGCAAAGCCGAGCAGCCAAUCAAGAACAACGAGCUAAUGACUUGGAACAAAUUAUGGAAAGUGUGAAAUCCAAAAUUGGUGAAUUGGAGGAUGAAUCACUAAAUAGGGCUUGCCACCAACAGAAUAAAAUAAAAGAUCUUCAAAAGGAGCAGAAAACUUUACAGGUGAAGUGCCAGCAUUAUAAGAAAAAACGAACGGAGCAACAAGAAACUAUUGCUUCUUUGCAAAUGGAAGUCUGUAGAUUAAAAAAGGAGGAAGAAGAUCGCAUUGUCACUCAAAACAGAGUGUUUGCCUAUCUGUGCAAAAGAGUUCCUCAUACCGUCUUGGAUAGACAGUUGCUUUGUCUAAUUGAUUACUAUGAAUCUAAAAUUAGAAAAAUUCAUACACAAAGGCAAUAUAAAGAAGAUGAAAGUCAGUCAGAAGAAGAAAAUGACUACAGAAAUCUGGAUGCUUCACCAACUUAUAAAGGCCUUUUAAUGUCAUUACAGAAUCAACUCAAGGAAUCAAAAUCUAAGAUUGAUGCACUUUCAAGUGAAAAGCUGAACCUCCAAAAAGAUUUGGAAACCAGGCCUACACAGCAUGAAUUAAGACUUUAUAAACAGCAGGUGAAGAAGCUGGAAAAAGCCCUUAAGAAAAACGUCAAAUUACAGGAGCUUAUUAGUCAUAAGAAGGCUGAGGACACAGAGAAGAAAGAUGAGCCCAGCAAAUAUAAUCAGCAACAGGCCCUAAUUGACCAGAGAUACUUUCAGGUGCUGUGUAGCAUCAAUUCAAUUAUCCACAAUCCAAGAGCUCCAGUAAUAAUUUAUAAACAGAGCAAAGGGGGAGUCCAAAAUUUUAAUAAAGAUCUUGUUCAAGAUUGUGGAUUUGAGCAUCUUGUUCCUGUAAUAGAAAUGUGGGCAGAUCAACUGACAUCCUUAAAGGAUUUGUAUAAGUCCUUGAAAACACUAUCUGCAGAACUGGUACCUUGGCAUAAUUUGAAGAAGCAGGAUGAAAAUGAAGGUAUCAAAGUUGAAGAUUUGUUGUUUAUAGUAGAUACUAUGCUGGAAGAAGUUGAAAAUAAGGAAAAGGACAGCAAUAUGCCAAACUUUCAAACUUUGCAAGCUAUUGUUUCUCACUUCCAAAAGUUAUUUGAUGUGCCUUCUUUAAAUGGAGUCUAUCCCCGAAUGAAUGAAGUUUAUGCUAGGCUUGGAGAAAUGAACAAUGCUGUGAGAAACCUCCAAGAACUCUUAGAAUUAGAUAGUUCAUCCUCAUUGUGUGUGCUAGUAAGCACUGUUGGAAAACUCUGUAGGCUGAUUAAUGAAGAUGUGAAUGAGCAGGUUAUGCAGGUAUUAGGACCUGAAGACCUCCAGAGCAUUAUCUACAAAUUGGAAGAACACGAGGAAUUUUUCCCAGCAUUUCGGGCAUUUACUAAUGAUCUACUUGAAAUCUUAGAAAUUGAUGACUUGGAUGCCAUUGUACCUGCAGUAAAGAAAUUAAAAGUACUUUCAUACUGAAAACAAAUCAAAUCAUUUUUACUGUGUAAAUUGUAUUCUUAACAUUUUGUAUUUUGUAGGAUUGAUCUUAUUUUGAGACAAGGGUUGUAAAAUGUAUUUGCUCUCAGAAUUCAUCCCCUUCUUAGUAUUAGGUCAUUCUUCAUCUCUAUAAUUUUUAUUAACUUUGAGAUUCUUAUACAGAAAAUAGUUGCAAGGGUAAGGUAAUUAACUUUAGAUCCCUUCAUUUCUAAAGCAAUUAUUGAGUGCUUAAAAUUUAAGGUUGUUUUAGAGUGGAGUUUGUGAGUAAAAGAGGAGCCCAGGGAGACAGAUUGCAAGUAGUAGGUUGCAAUCUUUUAGAUUCAGCUUGUAGUAAUAUUUGAGCCACACCAAAAGGAAUGCCAAGGGCUCUCUAAAUUUAGCCAGUAGGAAGCUACUGCUCUCCUGGCAAGGAUUAAUUGGCACAUUCUGUUAAGAUAUCCCUCAUGGCAGUUGCCCUUUCAAAGCAGGAGGAAGAAAAGGAAGAAAGAAAAACUGUUUCAUCAUUUCUGUUAGGGUAGGAAAUGAAUCAUAGGGUAAAAUGGAUGAGUAGAUAGAAGUCUCUCAUUUAAAAAGUGUCUUUUGCAAUCUUGAUGUAAUGCACUUUUUAUAAGGACUUGAGAUCUCAAAUAAAAUUUUUGUAAAGAAUUUCCAAA